GUGAGCCACGGAUUAAUAUAAAACACGCUGUCCACCGCUCUACACUUGACAUAUCGGACCACAUCUUCUCCAUGUGCUUUAAAGUCAAUAUUAGCUGGCAUUUCAUAUAAGAUGUGAUGCUAGAAGUAAGGCGGGAAUGUGUUUUUUUCGUAAUGGGAAAUGUUCUCGGCAGACAGGGACGAGUCACCAGUCGAGUGACAGAUCAGGACAGGGCGAUAUUGCAACUGAAACAGCAGAGAGAUAAACUGAAACAAAAUCAGAAGAAAAUCACACUACAGCUGGAGAAAGAGAGACGUCUGGCCAAACAGCUCCUGAAGGAUGGCAGGAAGGAACGAGCUCUUCUGCUGCUCAAAAAGAAACGCUACCAAGAUCAGCUGCUGGACAAGACCGACGUCCAGAUAUCCAACCUGGAGCGCAUGGUUCAAGAUAUUGAAUUUGCUCAGAUUGAAAUAAAGGUCAUUGAGGGUUUAAAGGCUGGGAAUGACUGUCUCAAGCAGAUGCACGAGGUCAUGUCUAUUGAGGAGGUGGAGAGGAUACUGGAGGAGACGCAGGAGGCCAUUGAGUAUCAGAAGCAAAUUGAUGAACUGCUGGCAGGUUCAUUGACACCGGAGGAUGAGGAUGCUGUGUUAGCAGAGCUGGAGGCUAUCAUUCAGGGAGAAGACAUCACACUUCCAGAAUUACCCACAGAUCCAUUGCCAGCGGUGCCUAAAGGGGAGACAGAAAGAAAAGAUGUACAAAUCAAGGUGGAGCGAGAGAUGCUGGCAGCGUAGUGUCUGAUCCUACAACCUGGCUCUUCACUUUGUUUUGGAUGAAAGGAAGAGCUACGGGAAUAUAUUUGGCAGAAAAGAAAGCUUUAUAGGAUAUUUAAUAGGCGUGCAUCAGAAUCAGUGUUCACAUGGUCAUGGAAAACGUAAAAAUGUGAGGGAAUUUUACGUUUUUAAAAGUCAUGGAAAGAAAUGUCAAGAUAAAGAAAUGGGAAUUUCUUGUUAUAAAAAAUUAUUUAUUGUAAUAUUUGGUUACAAUGUCUUUAUAUUGCAGUUAUACUUGUAAAAUAUUUUAAAUUCAAUUUAAAACUUUACUUUUUAAAGUAAUUAUUAACCACUUGAAAUGUCAUGAACAAUAAAAGAUUUUCAAACCAUGAAGAAUAGAAAUGCUGUUAGAGUUUACAGUAUUAUCUUAAUGUAAAACCAGCUGUUGUUAGGUAAGUGGGUAGGUUAGCUAGAAGCAUAAAUGAAAGUUCACAUCGAUUAAUAUAUAUAUAUAUAUAUAUAUAUAUAU